AUGGACCCUAAGGGCCAAAGCGGCGCCUCCAAACGGCCCUCGCUCAAACGCAGCGCGUCUGGCUCCCAGAAGGCACAAAGAGCAUGGAUUGAGAGAACGUUUCUUAAAAGAGAAUGUAUUCACUUAUUUCCCAGCAAGGACCCAACCAGAUGUGCCUGUGGUCAGCUGACAACACAGCAUGUGGCCAUCCCUCCUGGUGCCAACUCUGUAGAGGAAACGCACCAGCUGGUGCAGAUUGACACCCCGAAGGAUAAAUGGACUGUAGUCAAGCACACCAGGACGUACCCAACAGACGCGUUCGGCAUAAUUGAGUUCCAGGGUGGAGGAUUCAUCAACAAGACCAUGUAUAUCCGAGUCUCUUAUGACACAAAGCCUGACAACCUGCUGCAUUUGAUGGUGAAGGACUGGCAGCUGGAGCUCCCCACCUUGCUCAUCUCUGUGCACGGAGGCCUCCAGAACUUCGACCUCCAGCCCAAACUCAAGCAGGUGUUUGGGAAAGGCCUGAUCAAGGCUGCCGUCACCACCGGGGCGUGGAUCUUCACGGGCGGCGUUAACACGGGUGUGAUUCGUCACGUUGGAGAUGCCUUAAAAGACCAUUCCUCCAAGUCACGAGGGAAGGUCUGUGCAAUAGGAAUUGCACCAUGGGGGAUUCUGGAAAACAAAGAGGACCUUAUUGGAAAAGACGUAACUAGACCCUACCAGACAAUGGCAAACCCACUGAGCAAGCUAGCUGUACUCAACAGCAGUCAUUCCCACUUCAUCCUGACCGACAACGGCACUUGCGGGAAGUACGGCUCCGAGGUCAAACUCCGGCGACUACUGGAAAAGCACAUCUCCCUGCAGAAGAUCAACACGCGUCUGGGCCAGGGGGUCCCUCUGGUGUGCCUGAUAGUGGAAGGAGGUCCCAAUGUCAUCUCCAUUGCCCUGGAGAGUCUCAGAGACGAGCCUCCAAUUCCUGUGGUGGUGUGUGAUGGCAGCGGCCGCGCUUCGGACAUUAUUUCCUUCGCACACAAGUUUUCGGAGGAUGGAGGCCUGGUUAGCGAUGACGUCCGAGACCAACUGUUGGUGACCAUACAGAAGACUUUCAAUUAUAGUAAAAGCCAAUCACAGCAGAUCCUGUUCAUGAUCAUGGAGUGUAUGAAGAAAAGAGAACUGGUGAGUAAAAAUCCUUAUAAAAGCAAUAAAUAAAGUGAUAAUAUCUUGUAUAAAUCAAUAAAUAUGAGUUGCAAGACA